UCCCCUUAGGCGAGCGGGACGGGGCGGGGCGAGGCGAGGCGCGGUGCGGGGGUCACCAUGGGCAGUAAGAUGGCGGCGGCCGCCAGGGUCGUUCAGGUAGUCAAGCCACAUACUCCGUUAAUUAAGUUCCCGGACAGAAAAAGUAGUCCCAGGCCUAAAAUACAGGAGUCUCUACAAGCAAGUGUGCCAUCUUUCAGUGCUUCCAAAGCCCAGGAGCCUGGGGAAGGCAGCUCACUGGCCUUUCAGACUUCACCUGUUACUAGAGUACAAGGCACACCAGAUACUUCUGAAUUAGCAAGAAUCUUACCUCAAAAAUACAGAAGGAAACUUAUGUCAAAUGAAGAGAUUGAAUAUAUUCAACGUGGGGGUCCGGAGUAAGCAUGAACAAAGUUUGCUGGCCACUGUUGAAUACGGAGUAUUGUAUUUGCAAUAAAGGCAUUUCCUUAGUAUCAUACCAGAUGGCAAACUAAUAGCUUUAAUAAAAACCCAUACGAAGCGUGAGAAGGUUGACACAGCACACCGUAUGUAUUAAAUUUCUGACCCUAUUUUCUGUUGACCCCUAAGAAGCAAUAGAACUUGCUCGUUGUCUGCACCAUUAAAAAUAUUUUUCUAAUUAGCCACUUGCAAACUUGACAGUA